GGACGAGUUACUAAAGACUACGAAGCGGGCUCGGAGGCGCUGUUACCUUCGACUCAACCCUUGCUAGACACGGUUUCCCCUGUUUUUGUCUCUAAGCGGAAUUUAUGCCAACCAUGUCCGCCAAUUUUACACCUCCAAGCCAUACAUACGACAUGAUUUCCUUUUUAUAUAAUCGUAUGUAUCAUCCCGACACUUUCUGACUAUCCAAAGUCAUGGCCCUUUAUACUCCUCCAUCUCUACAACUCACGUCUUGUAAAAUGGCCUCAUCACGUCCUUCUUUGCCAUCUGAACUACUAGCAACCUGGUCUUCUUGGAGGCCAACUGGUCUCCUCACUCCUCCAAUGUCUGCAUCAUUACCCAGGCUAGGUGCUCCAUCGCACACUCAGGUAACAUCAUUGCCUCCAAUUGCUCACUUUGAUCGUCAGGUAUCAUACAUGCAUCCAAUAACACCACCGCGUACUCAAGACGCGUCUGCAUGGUCCCGACCUCACGCGUCACCUGAGAUGGAUGACCAUGUCCAUCCCUUUCAGCAAAAGCCUGCAGUCUCCGAGGAUAUCCCUCCCCAAAUUGAUUGGUUCGACGACUCAUUAAAGAGAUCUUCACAUUACAUCGCAGAGAAAACUUGCGAGAUGAUAUGCUACCUAUGGUUCUCUUCGUCACUUUCAAGUGCUUCUACAUCUCCUCAACCACUCACUCCCCCGUAUUCCCCUGAAAUCCCCGCCGCCACCUCAUUUCUUCAGCUUGCUGCAACUCCCACCUUUGUCUCCUUUAUGCAGAAGUUGCUAGAAACUACCCAGGUCAGCCAAUCGGUGAUCGUCCUCUCUCUCCAUUACAUAUGGCGACUCAAGGAACGUAACCGUUUCACCGCUGGUUUACCCGGAAGUGAGUUUCGUAUUGCCGUUGCAGCCCUCAUGAUGGCAAAUAAAUUCCUUGACGACAACACUUACACCAAUAAGACGUGGUCCGAGGUUUCUGGUAUCGAGUUGACUGAAAUCACUCGAAUGGAAAAGGAGUUUCUCAUGGGAAUAAACUUCAACCUUUACAUUUCGAAGAAGACGUAUGAUUCAUGGAUGAACUUGUUGAGGGGACUCGUCUACGCGAAAGAAAGAGAGUGCCGUAGAUGGCGUCAUACUCGCGCCCGACAUCGAACCCCUCGCAAUUCCCAACCAAUGUCCGCAGCACCAGUUCGUUCAUACAGGUGGAGAUCUCAGUCGACAUCUCAUCGUGCACGUUCGACUUCGCCCGAGCAGCCCGUUCACCCGCGUACAUAUUCAUCAUCAUAUCACGUGAUGCCAUCGAAUUCCGUUCUCUCGCCAUGUCUUGCACCCGGCUUGAAACGCUCGGCUGCGGACGCAUUCUCACCUACUUCGUCAUCGUUCCACGAGUUACCGCCUUUGAAGCGUCCCACGGGUAUGACUUUGCAAAUUCCGGAAACUGGUUAUCCAACCGCACCCCAUUCUGCAUCGCCAGUCGAAUCUUUGCAGUCAUUUGCCAAGAUGUCCCUGUCGUCAUCUUCGCCACAUUCGUUACGGUCCGUCCAGUUCAAUCAAUCACACCAAGGCGACGCCCGUCCGCAGACUCUGGUGGCUGCAUAUUGUGCGGAAGGACCCGUGAAUGUUCCUCAGAACCUUUAUUAUUACUCGCUUGCUGGGUCGUCGACUGACAAUGCUGCGGAAGAAGAAAGGGUACGCCGCAAAGCCCGUUUGCGGUGUUACCAACCUCAGCCUCCGCCUCCGCCAUCUUAUCCCCCACCGUCUUACAUGCCCCAAGACAUUCAGUCCGAGUCUGUCAGCCCUUAUGAAAUUCAUGUUGACGUGCGGGCAGUGCCUCUUCCUCACCUUCACGAUGCUGUUUGGUCUCGGAAACUUGCCCGGCCUCCUUCGUAUUGCGAAAGCUCUUUGCAAUUGCCUCCUUUGAGAGAAACCGCAGUUCCGUCAGCUCCUUUUGCCAACGCAGGUCCACCUGGCGUCCAAUUUUACUCAGCUUCUAGUCAGCGGGAAUCUCCCGCGUAUCCUUAUAAUUGGUCUUAUGGCAGAUAGUCUUCGGCUACUCAUCCCUGUUUAAUGCACACGAUUAUUGCAUCUCAUCGGUUCCCCCCUUUCACAUCGAACUUCAACUUUCAUAGUUACAUUUGAGCACUUUCGCCACAUCAUUUCGUUGCACGCAAUAUCAUUGACACUAACAUAGAUUCUCGGCAUCCGCAUUUGUAUUUCAACUUACAUUUCCACUUUCUGAUAGCAGAGAUCAAGCAGAGAUUACAUUACCCUCAUAGUUAGCUACUACUGUACGAGAAAGAAUGCUAAACUGACCAUACUUCG